AAAUGCUUUUCUAAGAAGAAAAAAAAAAAAAAAAAAAAGAGAGAGAGCCCCAAUACACAACACUUGUAUCACAUAAUUGUAUAAAAGGCUGUGGCAAUGGUUCAGCAUUCAGAUCGAGAAAUGCAAAAGAUGACUGGUGAUGGAGGGAAGAAGAAAAGGGGUCCUGGUGAGAAAAAGUCUAAGAAGAAGAUUAAGAGGAGAGAGACUUACUCUGUUUACAUCUAUAAGGUGCUAAAGCAGGUUCAUCCUGAUACUGGCAUCUCCAGCAAGGCCAUGAGUAUAAUGAACUCGUUUGUGAAUGAUAUCUUUGAACGUAUUGCCACAGAGGCAUCUCGUUUGGCACACUACAACAAGCGCACCACCAUUACCAGCAGGGAAGUCCAGACAGCAGUCAGACUACUGCUGCCAGGUGAAUUGGCAAAGCAUGCAGUGUCUGAGGGAACAAAAGCAGUCACAAAGUUUACCAGCUCUAAAUGAGUCGUUCCUGGUGAAGGGAGCAACUAGAGAGCUGGUGCCAUGUUCUGGAAUAACCCUAAUGUGUAAAUAAAACCUGAACCAUUGCAUGAA